UUAUAAGUAAGGACGAAAAACUCACACUUUCAAUAUCUGUCUCUCUCUCUGGAUCGAGGGGUUUAAGCUGGGUUUAAUCGCUCUCUCAGCCCUUGAAUUUGGCGCCUUUCCACUUCGAUUUGGGUGUCUUGGUUCCUCCGCAAGCCCUAAAUUUCUUCCAAUUUCGCUCCUUCUCUAGUUUUUUCGCCCCUGGGUUCCGACUCCGUCCGACCCUUCUUCCUCGUUGAUUCUGCUGCACCGGCGUUUUGACAAUGGGGAAGGCUUACUCUCCGGUACCGAGAGGAGAACUCGUGUGGGAAUGAAUUAACAAUAUUUCUGAUCUCAAAGGAAUGCGCAUCUUGAGUUGAUUCAAGAAAUGGUUCUACAUUUUACGCUGUGCAAAGUUGUAAUAAGGGUUGAAUAUGACCAAUGGAGGUGGGGAGGGUGGAAGUCAGCGGAGAGAAUUACACGGGAAAAGAAAUCUUUUUCGUGGCAAUGAUUUUGCGUACGCCCUAGCUAGAAUGGCCGUGGCUCAGAUAUGCGAGGGAGUCGAGAUUAGCACUUAUCAGGAAUCACAGGCACGCGAAGGUGCGAGAUUCAGUUCUUUCCAAGAGUCUGCGCUCGAAACACUAACCGACGUAGUGAUCCAAUACAUUCAAAGCAUUGGGAAGACUACGCAGUUCUAUGCUAAUAUGGCUGGUAGAGUAGAAGGUAAUGCUCUGGACAUUGUUCAAGCACUGGAGGAUUUGGGAUCUGGAUUGGGUUUCGACGGUGCCCCUGAUGUUGAGCAUUGUCUUGCUGAUUCUGGUGUGGUCAAGGAUAUUAUUCGUUAUACAGGUGAAGCGGAGGAAACGCCGUUCGUUUAUUCUCUUCCCCGUUUCCCUUUCAACAAAGGGAAAAGACCAGCUCCUAGCUUCUCUGAGAUUGGAGUAGAGCCACCAGAUGAGCAUAUUCCAGUUUGGCUUCCUGCUUUUCCCGAAACCAAGGUGUCUAACGGGUUGGAGGAGACUAAUGUUGACAAAAUAGAAGGAGAUAUGCGAAGUAAAGAAUAUGGACCGUCUUUGGCGAACAUGCAGGAGUCUGUCGACGUUGAUAGGUUAAAAGUUCAGAAAUCUAUGGAUCAAAUAGAUGUUCAGAAACCAACAGAGGAACCGGAAGGCAACCCAUUUCUUGCGGCACCUGUUUGGGUUGGAGAGAAGAACGUGCCACGGGUGUUUUGCCUGUCGGAGCUUCCGAAUGAAGAAGUUAGCAUUAGCCACGUUCCUGAGAAACAAAUGAACAAGAGCCAUCAUAUUCGACCCCUUGAGGCAGAUGCUCCAUCUAAUGUGAUCAACGAGAAGACCAUUUUAGCUGAAACAGAGGAUGGAGAGAAAAAAGAUGGUGCAAGAACACAACGAGCUUUGCUUCGUUUCAAGAUUGGGACUCGAAAGGCCUCUAUGUGUUGGAAGGUAAAGCCGAGCUUAGAGGAAAAGGGUUGGUUUGAAGAGGAUGGAGACAACAAGAGCGAGAAGAAGGUAGAACGCGAAGAAAAGCGGGAAACUAUUGACACAGAUGUAAAAUAGCUAUGGAAAAGCUGCCCGGGUUGCCCACUGAGCAUUUUUGGAAAAGCUGCAACUUCGCUUGUCACAACUUCACUAAUCAAGUCCUUGAAGAUUAGCCUCUCAAUGUCUAACACUAACCCCGGUGUCUCUCCUUCA